GCAGGGCCGGCCCUCCGUGCUGCCCCUGGAGACGGCUUCCCCAGAGAUGAGAGCUGGAUGGAGCCACUCUGAGGGGGGGCUCGGCAGCCGAAGCAAUCCCACCCCACAGACGGCUUCCCCCUCAUCCUGCAGCGGGGGGGGGGGGUGGUGCAGAAGCGGAACCCCCUUUGCAACCAGGCACGAAGCCCCGGGUGGGGUGCGACGCAGGGGCUCCGUGGCUGCUGCCCCUGGGACCACGUCCCAAGGCGCGCGGCGGCGUGACCAGCGGAGCCUCGGCCCGAAGACUGGCCCUCUGAAAGAUCUCACGCGCGGGUGGCAAAGGCGGGAUGCCCCAUUUCCGCAGUGAGGGUCCUCCUCGCGCCAUCACCUCCCCUUGCGAGGACGUCCGUGGUUUCGGGCGAAUAAGUCCCUCCGGCUGGCCGCCUUCUUGCGUUCGAGGGCCGGUUGCUGAGCGGCCGCCCGCCGCAUUUGGAGACGCGACCCGGGCAGCCGUCCUCCCCGUUCCAGGUCCGCCUCGCUCAGCCGGGAGGGCGGGGCCUCGCCGAGCGGAGCCGCCCCUUGAACGGGCGCCUCCUUCCCGGGACACGCCCCGCCCCCGGGAGCGGCUGCGCCCACGAGCGCCGAAGGAGUUAAUGUCCCCCGUGUGACGCAACCUCCUCCUGCGUGGGCGGGGCCGGAAGCGGCGGGGACGCCGGAGCGAGAGCGGCCUGGAGCGACAAGCGGGCAUCGGCAGGAUGAAGCCCGGAGCGGGCCUGCAGGAGGAGUAUCGCCGGUGCCUGGAGAGGGACUUCCGCCGGGGCCACGUCGGGGCCUGCAGCGAUGCCUCCCUGAAAGAGCUGCUGUGGCAUCACCUGCUGGAGGACCCGGAGCUUCACUGCAGCCUGGAUGGGGAGGACACCCUGGCCACGCUGGCCACUGCCCUGCGGGGACACUUGCACCUGAAAGGGGCCCUCCAGGAUCUGGGUAGGGCCUUUGAGGUGCUGGAGCUGGCCGCAGUCAAUCUGUAUUUCUUCCCUUGGCGCAAAGAAUUUGCCACUAUUAAGACCUUCUCGGGGGUCUACGUCCACGUCCUUCAGGGGGUCCUGCCAGAAGCCGACCUUGCUCGGAGCUUUCGACGACUGGGUUACGUGCAGCAAGACCGUCUGCACCUGGUGAAUUCCCGACUGCCGCCGGGUGCCAACCUGCUCUGUGCAGCCUGCUGCUUCUUUGCAGCCAGAGUGGAGUGCGAGAUCCUGGCAAAAAUUGUGGAAGAACUGGAGCCGCAGGUGGUGCCCCCUGAUGAGCUGCUGAAGGCUCGAAAGGAGGCCAAGGGUAGCCUGGAGCGGUGUGUGGCCAAGCUGCAGAGCCUGACACGGUGGCCACGGAGCCGUGAGGCUCGCUCGGACGUGGCUGCCGGGCUUGAUCUCUACCGUGAGAGCACCGAAGGGCACAGCUUCUACAGGGAGCCUGCUGGAAGCCAGGAAGCCGCCUCUCUCAGUGUGUGUGGCAGCCCCAGGCUCCUGAGGCGGAGCCCCCAGCCGCCGGCAGAGUGCAGGAGCGAGCCCCCCUGGAGCCGGGAGUCUUCCUGUGGCAAUGGACUCCUGGGCUCUGAAGAGUGUGACCUGACCACCUCCUUCUCCUUCAUCUCCUUGAGGCGGGAGCUCAGCAGGACUUCCGAGAUGGACUUCCCUGCUCAGCUGGGGAGUUCGUUCUUAUUCUCUGGCCUGGGGGGCUACGAGAGUUCCGACCCCUCUUCGCAGGGGACGAGCUACCCGGCCUCUCCUCUGUCCAGGCAACCCAGGAGCCUCCACCUCAGCCCAGCCAGCCUGCACAGCAGCACUCAGGGACUCAGCCCGGAGCCGGCUCACUAUCAGAUGCACUCCUGCCUGCUCCCGGGGGCCCUGCCCUGCUCCUGCUGCAACACCUGCCGGUUGCUGCACAUCAGCAGCUGCGACGGGGUUCAACUCUGCCGGAACCACCACCACCUCGUGGAAGAGCUGCAGAGCGAGAAGCAGCAGCGCCUGUGGCUGCAACGAACAGAGGUGGACAGGCUGCUGCAGGAGGGAGGAGGGCCCUGGCAGUAGGACUGGGACACCAGGCUGGGCUUUGGAACACAGAGCCCCACAGCCUGCGAGGCCUUUGAGGAUCGUGCCCCCCAAGUCUGCUUCCCUUCUCUGGCCUGUGGCAGGGCUGAGUCAAAAGCAAGCCCCCCCCCUUUUUUUUUUAACAGAGCAGCCCUUGUUGAUGGAGGAUUGAAGGGAAGGAGAUAGGAUGGCUAUGUCCAGGUUUGAUUAAAGACAAGUCCAAUGCCUGUGAAGUCUGGAGGUGGCAGGUAGGGAGCAACCUCAGGCCAGGAACCCUGAUUUCUAGGAUUGGAUUUCUGUAGGCACGUCUCUCCUGUGAAGCCCUUUUGGACAUUCCAAAAUUUGGCCACUCUCCUUCACCCAUUCUGGGAUCUGUGUGGCCGGAGGCUGCUCUGGUUUGUUCUGUGAACUGCAUAGGGAAGAGGCCAGAGAAGAAUCUCCUGCUCAAGCAGCCAGCUAGGUGGGAACUGCUGGCAGCAUUUUUACAAAACCAGAAUGGACGCUGUGGUAGUGGCGACUUUGCUGAUAUCUUAAGAAAGAUGCAGUUGCAAUAAACUUAACUAAAAGCUA